AUGCCCAGGCUACCGUCGAAGGUGCAUCUCACCUCACACCCCAUCUACCUGGAUAUCCGUGGGCCCUCGGUGUAUGAGGAUGACAAGCAUCGCACAUGGCUGCAUCUCGUCAUGGAGACAGGAGGUGUCCUGCAAGUACGGUUGUGCCAGGUAAACAUCGUCAGUGGGUAUAUCCCACUCACCACCAGCCCGCUGACCUCGAGCACCAUGCCUUUGAUGUGGACGAUCCAACCUGGCAACAAGUACCUGGACUCCAUGGGCCGGUUCUGGCGCAUUGUGCACCACGUCAAGGAGAAUGGUGUGGAGAAAAUGACCCUUGAGCUGAAGGAAGACUCGUAG